UAUGAAGGAACCUCGAUGACUUGGCACAAGAAGAGCCCACCACAACACCAGUGGAAUAAACGCGAAAUGAAAGAAUACAAGAAAUCGUUCGUCUCGCAAAUCCAUCUCUUCUUCUCUUUUAAAACUUCUACAUUAAGCAAAAACGAAGGCAAAAUCUUCUAUAAAUCUAUGUUGAGCAUCUUCUUCCUCUGUCACCACUCUUCAACUCUCAUUCCCUAUCUCAUUUUAUCUAUCCUCAUCUUCUGUCAUCAAGGAUCAACAGGGUCUUGCAUCGACUUUGAAUCUGAACCGUCAAUGGCUACUCUCGGUGGUUUGCGCGAAUCCCAAGGUGCUUCCAAUGAUGCUGAGAUUGAAAGCCUUGCCCGUUUUGCUGUCGACGAACACAACAAGAAAGAGAAUGCCUUGCUGGAGUUUGCAAGGAUUAUAAAGGCAAAGGAACAGGUAGUUGCGGGUACGUUACAUCACUUCACAAUCGAAGCGAUCGAUUCUGGCAAGAAGAAGCUGUAUGAAGCAAAAGUAUGGGUGAAGCCAUGGAUGAACUUCAAGGAGCUUCAGGAAUUCAAGCAUACUGAGGAAAGCCAUGCAAUCACUUCUUCUGACCUUGGUGCUAAUAAAGAAGGACAUGGCGCAGGAUGGAAAGAAGUGCCAGUCCAUGACCCUGAAGUGCAAAAUGCAGCAAAUCAUGCUCUUCAGACCAUACAGCAAAGAUCCAACUCCUUAUUCCCUUAUGAACUGCAAGAAGUGUCUCAUGCGAAGGCUGAGGUUGUGGAUGACACUGCUAAGUUUAACCUGCACCUCAAAGUGAAGAGAGGAAACAAGGAGGAGAAAUUUAAUGUGGAGGUGCACAAAAACAGUCAAGGAAACUAUAACCUUAAUCAAAUGGGAAACAUCGAGCCUGAGUUCGAGAACAAGGAAUGAGUUUUGGACUUCUUUGUUUGUUAAUUAACUGUGACUGUGAGCACUUAGAAUAGUAUGUAAUGAAUGCAAGCUGACUUGCUCUGAGUAUAAUAAGCCUUGUCUUUUGUUACGGUUACACCGUCGUUUCUUCUAUAUGGAUAUUAUAGAAUUUAUAGCUAUGGAUGUAUAUGAAAUGGAGAUUGCUAUCUUGCUUUUAACAACUUCCCUACUCUGUUGAAAUGCUGCCUUAACAUGUUUAUAUUAGUUAAAGUGUUCUCUUGA